AUGGGGCAAGCGUCGAGCGGCUGCAGACCCAGCUGCUGCCACCAGGAGGCGGCCCAGCGAGGGGACGAAGGUUGCGAGCAAAGGUUCCCGGCCCCAGCACACUUCGACUUUACGGCCGAGCAUGGGUCCGACUGUGCCAGUGUGGCCGGGCGGGAGGACCUCGACAUAGAAGGGGUGACGAUGGGCGCCUGCCUGUCCGAAGCCUUCGGCCAAAAUUCCUCAGAGGCCAUAGCGCUCAGCCUCUCGGGAAUCUCCUCCGGGGCCGUCCGGUCCAAGGUCCUGGACCCGGACUUGGAGAUGUUGCGCGGCAUCUCCCUCACCAGCACGCUGCUUGGGGCUGGCCAAGUGUGGCGCUACUCCCCGGAGACGUUCACGUCGCAGCAGCGAAUGGCCCUCUACGCGAAGUCCAAGCCUAUCAAGCAGUUGGACAUGUUCAUCUCGCACACGUGGUGGACACCCGGUUGGCGCAAGGCAGCGGCCCUGUUCCUUCAAAGCACCUGGCACCUCAUCCUUGUCUCCUGGGUUCUCUGCGUGGCCACGACCUUCGCACUGAGUGUCGGCGGCGUGCUGCCCCUCCCUUUUGUCUACCAGGCGAACCUGGGGGGCUUCCAGGGCCUGUGCCCCAUGGGCUGCUGGAUCCUGGCCUCAGGCAUCCUGGGCCCUCUGCUGGUGUCUUUCGCCUCCCUCUACGUGCCUUGCCGGUCCCCGGUGUGCUUCGUUGACGUGGCCUGCAUCCACCAAGAGGAUCCUGCGCUGAUGUUGCGGGGCGUGCACGGCAUCGGAGGGUUCUUGGCGGUGACGCGCGAGCUGAGGGUGCUAUGGAGCCCUCCCUACCUGUCGAGGCUCUGGUGCAUCUUUGAGCUCGCAGCAUUCCGGAAGGCCAACCCAGAAGGAAAGAUAACGCUGGCCCCGCUCUUCAUCGAGAUGGCCGUGAUCUGCAUAUGGUCGCUUCUCUGUCUGGCGAACAUUGUGUUCUGGAUUGCCAGGUCAGGUCGCAACGGUGCAUCUGUUGUCGCAUAUCUCAUCACGGUGGUUCCCUUCUUGCCUUCUGUGCACAUGCUGCGAAAGAAUUAUCUCGCCAAGCAGAAGCUGCUUUCCGACAUGAAGAGCUUUGACCUGAGCCUCGUGCAGUGCUACAACGAGUCUGACCGGGUAUUCAUACACUCCGCAAUAUCCGAGUGGUAUGGGAGUGGGCGAGCCUUCACGCGCUUUGUCCAGGGCCCUUUGCGCAACGAGCUGGUGGCGCCUAUCCUUGCAACGAACCUGCGCUGGCCGUACAUACUCAUCUUCAUCACACCCACAUUCAGCCUGAGCAUGGAGACGUUGGCUUCGCUGAUAAUGGGAGGAGCUCCUGCUGAGUGCUGCGUGGCAUGGAUUGCUGGGAUGCUGGUGGCAAACAACUGCUUCGUUGUGCCAGGUGGCUUGGUGCUCCUCAUCUACCUCUGCGACUGGCUGGCCGAACCUCGUGGAUCCUCCGCGCUCUGGAAUUGCUUGCAGUCUCUUGGGAUCUGCAUCUUCUUCAUGGUGAUCGCGAUGGCCGUCAGUGCUGCCUCGAACCUGCUCGUUGCAGCUGGGAUGUGGACGGCAUUGGCAUGGCUGGGGAUUGUCGGCGUGUCCUACCUUGGCCUCCAGGUCUGCUUUGCUGGAAGGCUGAGGCAGCCUGAAAAGGCCCCUGAAUGUUAA